AAGCCUAUGUUCACGUCUGACAGCAUGGACGAAGUUGCGACCAUUAUAAAAAAUAUAAUUGGAACACGCCAAAUAUCAAAUUCAUUAUUAGUGAGUGCAAGACGUAAACUAGAAUGUCUCGAGUCCAAAUUUGAGUCCACUUGGGCAAAUUCUGAUGAAAUGUAUACAACACGGGAGAUGACAAAUAUUGUCAAAGAUAAAACUGUAUUAAGCGAUGCUCAUACUCAAUACUUAGUUUAUUUUCGAAUUGCUGGUGACAAAUCAAAGACAGAUCCUGAUGAGGCGGAUUUUGAUAACAACAAAGUAUUCAGUAUGGAUUCAAACAUCGUAUUAACAGAUAGCGAUGCCGACAAUCAUAAGGUAUUCCGGGAUUAUGAGGAGUAUUAUGAAGAAGAAAUCUCAACAGAAAAGACCUUGACUGAUCCCAUUACAAGUUGGAUUUUGCCGAGUGGGAGAGAUGUUAGUUCCGGCUUAUUUUGGAAUAUUGGAUCUUUUGACGAGGACAUCGAAGUAAAAAAUUUGUUCUCAGAUGUCGAAUGGAAUGAGAUGAUUAAAGAUUUUAACUUAUUUGUUAACUUUAAAUCCCACUAA